AUGGCUAACCGGUUCAUUGUCCCGGACUCGAGCCCCCCGGGCAGUCCAAGCCCUUCAAUGCCAUCCCAAACCCCCCAGAGACUCUCUGGACUCCCAACCUUUGGUGAUCUCCCAUCAACCACACCUGCUGGCCCGCCACCCCCAUCUUCAGUCGCAUCUUUCACACCAGCUGGGGCGCCUUCCGACUCGUAUCUUGGUAGUUCCAUAAUGCGUAGCAUGGCCGGACAACCUACACCAAACUUUGGCGGCGGCAGCUUUGCCCGAGAUAGCACACGGACGAACUUGUUUGGUCGCAGCGAGAAGUCAAAUGCUCCACUGGGCCGCUCGAUAGGACCACGAGGAAGGCCUGCCUCGGGUCUUAGCAGACAAUACAACAUGGGGGAUUUCGAGCCUGAUGAGGAUUUGGACGAGGAUGCCGAGGGAGAGGAGGAUAUCCAACCCCCUCCGGGCAGUCUAUUCCGGAGUUCGUUUGCGCAAAAGCAUUUCGGAAAUAAAGAGGUGGAAGAUGAGAUCGAACGAGCAAUCACUCGCGACCUCGAUCUAGAAGAAGAUAUUUACGACGACGAGGAGGAGGAGGAGGAGGAGGAAGAGGAAGAGGAAGAAAGACAACAAGUCCGCUACCAGGAUCAUGAAUUAGAGGAUGAUGUCUCUGAAGAUGCGGAUGGCUCUGGAGACGAGGCUGAUAUGUUUCUGAAUAUGCGCCAUGAUGACCGACCUUAUGGGCAGCCAGUUAUCGGUGAAGAAUCAGAUUUGAUGAUGCUCAACACACCAGCAGCAAACAAUAGGGUCCGAAAGGAAGCAGAGAGCCUGUACCGGCAGUCGACCGCGCUCUUGGGAUCAUCCGGACGCAACCGAGGUUUCGAGUUUGCCUCUAUUGCACGGGACUUUUAUACUUCAUUCGACAUCGCAAAGCUCGUUGAGCCCCCUCAUUUAAUUUUGGAGACCGAGAGCAUAAUCUGCCGGUUGUAUGAUGAAGGAGUUGGCACGAGUGAGGACGAAGAAAGGCUGGAUGACUCCCUAGCAAAUGCUACUUUCCGCCUUGUUACCUUGUGGAAUGAAUUCGCCGCCAGGCUUCCAAAGGAAGGGGAGCGCCUGGCUUAUAUUGGACCUGGCCCGACAGAUUCCGCAUUUGAGAAGGCAGCCUAUGUCGCUCAUCUGAUAUUGCGAUUGCAUCAUACUCGAUUCUUGGGCGAUGGAACAGGAGAUCAAAAGAUCCCACCUGUCCCCGAGGCAUUAUUGGACUGGCUCCGAACAUCACACAAUUUGUAUCCUGAUCAAGCUCGAAAUGUGCGCUACCACCAAUCAAGCCCCGCUUCUCACAGUCUCUUCUGGCAGACCGUGCGAAACUCUCUCUUACGAGGUGAGCUAGCAGAUGCGAUUGAUCUACUUCGGAAUGCUGGGUGGGAGUCUGUGACUAGGGGUCCUAGGCGAGAACCUACAUACACCGGCAAGGCUCUGGAGAACGUGAAGCGGUUCGUUGCUACUUGCUGCGAGACUUUGGAGCUGUGUCCUGCCACGAAGUCUGACUGGGACAUCAAAAAUAGCAGCUGGACGCUCUUCAGAAUUCAGGCACGAGGAGCACGGGAUAAAAUGACGGUAUUCGCCGAGGGCACAGAUCACUUCCGAAGCUCGGAAGACGACCAGGCCUUGCCACCUAUGGGUCUGUCCAUGUCCACCAUGGCUAGAAAAUCGACAAGCCAACUUCCAUGGGACAUUUAUGAGAAUCUGCAAGCAGUAUACGGGAUCGUGCUCGGAAACAACGAGGCCAUCAUCGAUACGGCGCAGGAUUGGUGCGAGGCAACUGUAGGCAUGUUUGCUUGGUGGGACGAAAAGUCUGACCAGCAGAAUGCGGUGGGAUUUACUCAGCAGCGUGAUCUUCUCGCCUCGACGUUCAGGUCAAAUGACCUGGAAGGUUACUUCGAUCGUCUUACUGCGACAUUCCAUCAUGUCUUGCAGUCGGACCUUGUGCCAAAUGCAAUGAAUCCCGUUGAAGUUGCUAUCGCAUCUGCCUUUGAAGGCAAUGUUGAAGGCGUUAUUGGCUUCUUGCGCGCAUGGUCUCUUCCUGUAGCGAGCUCAGUGGCUGAAGUUGCUUCGUUGGGGCGCUGGCUGCCCAUCACCGAGGCUAAGAGACCCCUUCUUAUGGACAACCUUGACAUGGAGGAUCUCGAGAUUCUCAAUAUCCCGCAACCCACGCUUGACGAUAUUGAGGGUGUCAAGGAUAGCACACUCGAGGCUUACGCAAGGCAGCUUGCUGGCAUUGAACACUUGUCUCCUCAGCGCGAAGGCUGGGAGUUGGCCAUUCAGGUUCUUGGUCGAAUGGAUGCGACCGAGAAGUCUGAAACAACAGUAGGGGAGCUGCUGAGGGACAUUCUCAAGACCCUGGAUGAGCACUCGAGCUCAACGGUUGACAAAAUGUGGAGGAUUCUUAAUGAACUUGGGUUGAUUAAUUUCGCGGAAGAGACUGCAGAGACAUAUGCGGAUAUAUUGUCACAGGAAUCGCACAGAUUUGGCGAGGCCCUGUGGUACUACGCACUAUCGCACCGUACUGACAAGGUUCGAGAGGUGCUCAACCUGCUCAUUUCAUACUCGUUGAUCCAAUCCACGGUGUACCCCGCAGAGAAGGAUCUUGACGUGGAACUUAAAAACCUGCUGCGAAAGCGAGGAGAGACACUUGAAAGACGUGCAGAGCAAGACCUGGAGGCAGCACAGCUCCUCGGUCGCAUGAUGAGUGGUUACGCAACACUGCGUAAAUUCUAUGAGCUUAGAGACGAAUUGCAGUCGAAGGAGCUGUCUUCCUCGAAAACCCUGGCUCUGAAGAAGCAGGCCGCCUUUGCUCUUGUGGCAGUCGUUUCCAGCUCUGAUGAUAAUAUCCGCGGUGGACUGUACGACGACGCCAGAGAUGCCGUGGUAAGCGAGGACUUCUUGUUGGCACUCCUAGGAGAGGCAACUGUUUUCAUCCACCAAUCACCGACUGCCAUCACUCUUGAGCAAAUCGACAUUCUGCUGAAGGCUGUCGAGGAUAUUCAAACUGUCGGCUCGCGAGUGUAUUCAGCAUGUGAGGAGUUUUUCGAUCUGGUUCUUUCGUCAGGCCAAGGACUCAAGGGAUCGAAGCCAUCUGAUCUGAUGUCAAAGUCGACGAUUUCGUUGGGCGGUAGCUACAUAAUGAGCGGAAGCUCCAUGCUGACAAGCCAUUUCCAUAAAUCCGUUGCUGCCGGCGGGCCAAUCCAGAGAGGCUGGGAUUGGAGGAAAGAAUUCUCUGCCUCAACAAAGGCAGAGGAUGUCCUGCGAAAGCUACGGCUGGGUCUUGCGAAAGACUUGGCUACGCUGUGGCUGGAUGACGCCGACGGUGCUGUUGCCUGGUGA